GCCGCCCCGUCCGUCCCCAUGGCAACGGGCGCGGCCGCCAUGGCGGCGCCCAGCGUGUUCCUGCUGGCCGUGAGCGGGGAGAUCGAGAGCGGGCAGUUCCCUGGAUUCGAUGACCUGUACUGCAAGUUCUGCUUCGUCUACGGCCAGGACUGGGUUCCCACCGCGGGUCUGGAGGAGGGAAUCUCCCAGAUCACCUCCAAGAGCGACGUCUCGCCCACCACGCUCGUGUGGAACUUCCCCAUCGACAUCACCUUCAAGAGCACCAACCCUUUUGGCUGGCCACAGAUUGUGCUGAGUGUUUACGGGCCUGACUUCUUCGGACACGACGUGGUCAGAGGUUAUGGAGCUGUUCACGUGCCCUUCACACCUGGAAGGCACAGAAGAACCAUUGCUAUGUUUGUUCCAGAGUCCACAUCAAGGCUGCAGCAGUUUACAAGCUGGCUCACAGGGAGACGCCCGGAAUUUACUGACCCCAAAGUUGUGGCACAGGGAGAGGGACGAGAAGUGACGAGGGUGAGAUCCCAGGGCUUUGUGACCAUUUCCUUCAACGUCAUGACCAAGGACCUGAAGAAGUUGGGCUACGACGUGACCCCCAGUGACCUGCAGAGCCCCUCCCUGGGGCCUGGGGCACAAGGGCUCCACAAGUACUGAACUGUGCCAGGAGAUGCUCAGAAGGCUCACAGAGAAGUUGAGCACUUUGUGGCUUUUUAGGGAAAGGUGGAGCUGGUUAAACUGAGAGAAUUAUUCCAAAAGAAGCACAAGCCCAUGAGGCUUUGGAAUAACUACCAAGUACAGUCCUUUCAGUAAGUUACAGGUUGAAGUAUUAUGUAAAUUAAUGCCAUCAGAUAAUAUUCAGCAUUUUUAUGAGCAGUAUCAGACUGUCUCACAGUCUGGGACAAAAUGUUUUUAUAACAGCCUUUUGUACACUUUUUAUAUCAAUAAUGAAAUGGAAAGUUCACGGUUGCAGCAGUUUUCCUGUGGUUAAAAAAUCAAGAUGCAAUCAACAGCAAACCCUGUUCUUUUUAGUAUUUUGGGGGGGGGUUUGUUGUACAAAUGGGGAACUGAAAUUAUUGCACCUUCCAAAAACAGGCCAGUGAAAUGCAUCUCCCUCUGAGCAUUUCUUUUAGGCUGAAUAAACCCAAUUGUCUAAAUAUA